AUGACCAGCUCCAUCAAGUGUGUGUUGGUGGGAGACUCUGCUGUGGGGAAGACCUCUCUGCUGGUGCGGUUCACCUCGGAGACCUUCCCAGAAGCCUACAGGCCCACUGUGUAUGAGAACACAGGUGUAGACGUGUUCAUGGACGGCACCCAGAUUAGCCUGGGUCUCUGGGACACGGCUGGCAACGAUGCUUUCCGAAGCAUCCGACCCCUGUCCUACCAGCAGGCCGACGUGGUACUCAUGUGCUACUCGGUGGCCAACCAGAGCUCCUUCCUCAACCUGAAGAACAAGUGGAUCGGGGAGAUAAGGAGCAACUUGCCCUGUACCCCGGUGUUGGUGGUGGCCACCCAGACAGACCAGCGGGAAAUGGGCCCCCACCGGGCCUCCUGUGUCAAUGCACUUGAUGGGAAGAAACUGGCCCAGGACGUGAGAGCAAAGGGCUACUUGGAGUGCUCAGCCCUCAGCAACCGCGGGGUCCAGCAGGUGUUUGAGUGUGCCGUCCGCACGGCUGUCAAUCAAGCCAGGAGGCGCAACAGAAGGAGGAUUUUCUCCAUCAAUGAAUGCAAGAUCUUCUGA